UGCAGAACGUUAAUCAUCAACUAUUAAUAUGCCUUCAAGAGUCCUACGUGACUACUUUUUCUUUGAGAUCAACGCCAAGAUCUCAGUGGAAAACUAAGAAACACAGACCUUGCACAGAUCCAUUCCACAGCAGCCAUGUUGACAAUGUCCGGCCCGGCAUCACCAGUCCAGGAUCUCGCGGAGCCGCUGUCGCAGUUUUCGGCCUCUCUCUUUGCGAAACUGCCGGCCGAGAUGAAAGUUGGCAUUCUAUCCUACUGCCAACAGAACGACCUCAUUUGCCUCUCACUGUCAUCGCACUAUUUCCGAGAACUCACGCUGCCCUUGAUCCCAAAGAAGCCCCACUUGCAGCUGUACGACCAGAAUCUACCUCCGGAGGCCAUAUCCUGCGCGUGUGGCAACAACCUCGCUGUCGGGGUGGAAAAAAACUAUUAUGCUCAUCGAAAACGCCGACAUGAGUACAUCAUCCAGCCGACGGCUGGCGGGCAGUCUGGUUGCCAAAUCUGCCGGCAUUGGUCGCUACCUUGCCGAGCAUACCCCCCACAGCAUCCGAUGUGCCGGCUAUCCGGGUGUAAACACUGCAUGUGCAUUUCAUGCCCGCUGUAUGUGAGACUCCGCAGUUGGAUCGGGACGGAGUUGCGGUACUGCUCGAAGUGUCGCAAGUUUACCAAGCGGGAAUGGACAAAGAAGUACAACGGAAGAUGUCUACAUAGCCAACCCAAAGUUCGGAGAACAUCAAACAAUCGCUAGACAGCGGUAAAGGGCCAAUCAUACGGACGUCGCUAGUGGAACAAAUAGGGGACUAUAGGGGUUAAUCGCUAGGGUUUCAACAACAAAAAGUAUAUAAAGGGGUCGUCGUUGAAUCUAGAUAAGAGAAGAAAUACAAGGGUAGUGUAGAAGAGUUCAGCUUCGUGUAAUCAUUUAACAAGACGCAUACAUAGCAGAUCUUAGUUUCAAAGCGCAGCCCCUGAGA